AUGGAUUUAAAAAGAAAUUCUUCCAAAAAAAAAAAAAAAAAAAACAUACUAAACAAAAAAAGUAGUAAAAUUAAUAACAAACAAUCGAAAAAAGGAUUGUUAAAAAAAAACAAAUACGAGAAAGAUAAGUUAGGUGAACUUUAUAAAUUAGAAAUUGAAAAUUUUAAAAAAGAAAAAGACCAAAAAAAUGAAAAAUUAACUGAGAAUCUUGAAUUGAUAAAUGAUGAUUACGAUAAUAUAAAAGAAAUAUCAAAAAAAGUAAAUGAUCAGAUAAAUUUAUAUAAAGUUUUAUUAAGAACAAGAAUUUUAUCUCAAAAAGUAUUAUCUUUAUCUAAUAAAUUGCCACUAUUAUCAUUUGUUUCUUUAAAGGAUAAAAUGUUAGAUAAUGAUAAUUUAAGUAAAGACAUUAGAAACUCAUUAAAUGAAGUGAAAUGUAAUGAGGAAAAAUUAAAAGAUGAUAUUGGAGAUCUAUUAACCAUAUUGCAUAAUUUUUUGAAAAAAUAUUUUUUAAAAUGUGAUAUUCAAAUUAAUGAAAAUUUGUUUAAUGAACUAAAUAUAAUAAAUGAUGAAGAAGAUAAAUUAUUUUAUGAAAAUAGAAGAAAAUUGUAUAAUGAAGAUACAACAAAAAAUGAAAAGAAACUCUUUUCUAUUAUUGAUACGUGGUUUUUGUAUUCUAAAAAAAUGUGUUUAAAUUUUUUUGAUAUUAUGCAUAAAAUAACUAAAAUAAGUUCAACAAAAAGUUUAAAAACAUAUGAGCAAUCUAUAUCUUCUCAAAUUAAUCAAGUUAUGUUUGAAUUACCAUCAUUAAUUGAAAAUUCUUAUCCAGAAGCAUUAAAUUAUGAAAUUGUAGGAAAAAAAUUAUAUGAAUUAUUAUAUAAAGAUGAAAGAAACUUUAAUUUGAAUAAGCACAUUUAUGAUGAUGAGAUUUACUACAAAAAGUUUUUAUUGAAUGCUAUUCAAAUUUUGAAGAAUAAUCAGGAAGACAGUGAAUUGUUAAAAUCACAAAGAGAAAUAUAUAAGAUUAAAAAAAAAUAUGAUAACAAUAAUGUAAAUAGAGGAAAAAUAUUAUCUUAUGAACCUAUACCAAAAUUAGUUAAUUUCAUGUUACCUGAACCACCAGAUUGGAAAAAUGAAAGUUUAUAUGAAUAUGUAAAUAAUCCUGAAUUAAUUAAUGUUCUUUUAUCAUCUUUGUUUCAAGAUUAA